AUGGCGCAAACAAUCGACAAACUCCUCAACCUCGUCGUCGACAAACCUGACCAAGUGCUCCAACACCUCCAAACCAACCCCCACCUCGCCUCACAACAAGACCGCCACGGCUACUCUCUCCUUCACGCCGCCGCCUCCUACAACCACCCCGAAGUGCUCCAAGCCUUACUCAGCACCUACUCCGUAACCCCCAACCUCGUAGACGAAGAUGGCGAAACCUGUCUCUUUAGUGUCGAAACCCUAGACAUGGCAAAGUUCCUCGUCGAGCAAUGCAACAUCGACACCACCCACAAGAACGAAGAAGGCCAGACUGCUGCAGAAAAGUUCGAGCAAGAGGGCGAUUACCCAGAAGUGGCUGCGUAUCUGUCUUCGUUGGUGCCUGGCGGUGCUGCUGCCUCCAUCCUUGCGCAAACGGGGAAUCCGUCGGCGCAACAGGCUGGCGCGGGUACAGUUGGCGCUGGCGAAAACACAAAUGGUGCAGUUCCUCCGCCGCCGCUCCCUCAUGGCGUAAAGAUUGAUUUGGGCACAAUGGCAGAGGACGAGGUGGGCGAGGCGCCGGACCCAGAGUUCAGGAGGAGGAUUGACGAGUUGGCUGCUCGACCUGAUUUCCAGAGCGAGGAGACGCAGAGGGAGUUGCGGGAAUUGGUGCAAGAUGCGUUGGGUGGCUUGAGAGGCGAGGAAAGAGAAGUGAGGCAGAGAACUUCGUAG